AUGGAGACCCCUCCCAAUGCGAAGAGUCCCACCACUAGCAGCAUUGAUGAACUGUUUGAUUGGGUUGAUUGGGCGGUGUCAGUGACCAACGAUUGUUUACGAAAGAGUGAUUUCAUCGCUCACCGUCGUCUUGCCGCUGCCCGUCGCACCCAUAACACUACACGAGGCGACGUCAAUGCUUAUCGAUGGAGGAAAAGUUCCUCUUGCUUACGCUAUGACCGUGUCCAGUUAUCACUGGAUGUCGGGCAUGAAGAAAGAGAAAAAGAGCUUUUUUAUACUGGGUUCGCACGUCGCCGCGAGGCUUCAACGAGGAAGUGGCAUGGGGAGGCCAUGUUUCGAGCGACAUCACCACCACAAGGCUAA